CAUGUUUCCCGGCGUGCAUUGCGCCAGGAAGACCCAGCGUGCACUUCGGUUUGUUGUGCGCGUGUCAGCGGCGUCUUCCCGGCUUGGGGAGGAGUGACACCAAUGGAGCCUGCUUGGCGACAGCAGGGGAGGGGGAGAGGCAGGGGCCAAGGGAGGGGCCCGACCCUGCCUGAUCCCGCUCUCAGCCAGCAAAGGGGCAGCUUGCACUCCAGUGCCAAGCUGGAUGGAACAAAAAGAAGCAAAACAGGCGUACCAGGUACAGCAUCUGGACCACUCCCUAGCAAAGAGCUGUCUUCUCAGUCCAAGUUUGAGGAAAUACAAAGGUCAAAUCAGGCAGCAGCGCAGAGGUUUACAGAGAGCCACUACAGCUCAUCAUCGGAUGAUGAAGAUGAUGGUGACGUAGAGCUGAAUGGCAAACGUGGGAAGAUUUUGGAUUCGACAUUCACAUCAUAUACAGAUCAGACAGGUGGAGAUGCCAAAGAUCUGGAACGUACUAGGCGAUAUCUGAACGAUGCUUUUCAGUCUGGUGCCAUCACCUGCCUCAUCUGUAUUGCGUCCGUGAAAAGAAAUCAGGCGGUAUGGAGCUGUUGGGGUUGCUAUUGUCUGUUCCAUCUGCCCUGCAUUCAGAAGUGGGCCAAGGACAGCAUUUUCCUUGUGUCCUCUGUGACGGAUGAGGACUUUGGGAAGAAGGAGCACCCCUGGCCGUGCCCAAAGUGCCGUCGUGAAUACCAGCACCAGGAGACGCCCCACAGGUAUCACUGCUACUGCGGGAAGGUGCAGGAUCCCCAGCUGGACCCCUGGCUGCUCCCUCACUCCUGCGGUCAGGUGUGUGACAGAGAGUUCAGGCCAGCUUGUGGACAUCGCUGUUUGCUGCUCUGUCACCCAGGUCCUUGCCCCCCCUGCCCAAAGAUGGUGCAGGUGACGUGUUUUUGCAAGAAGGCCAAGCCCGUGGCCAGACGCUGCAGCUCCAAGGCCUGGUCCUGCCUGCAGCCCUGCGGCCGUCUGCUGCGCUGCGGCCAGCACCCCUGUGAGAGCUUGUGCCACGCAGGUGACUGUGAGCCAUGCCCUCGGGUGAGCCAACAGGCCUGUGUUUGUGGCAGAGAGCUCUCCCAGAGGCUCUGUGCCAGUCCGCUCUGGCACUGUCAACAGGUGUGUGGGAGGCCUCUACCCUGUGGGAAUCACACGUGUGAGCGGGUGUGUCACUCUGGAUCCUGUGGCCAGUGUCCUCGCUCGGGAAACAGGCUCUGCCCUUGUGGGAAAUCCAAGUUCUCGCUGCCCUGCACCAAGGACGUGCCCACGUGUGGAGACACCUGCGGCAAGCCUCUGGACUGCGGCCUGCACUGCUGCUCCAUGCGCUGCCACCGGGGGCACUGUGAGACAUGUCGGCAGGAGGUGGAGAAGCAGUGCCGCUGUGGGAAGUAUUCACGAAGCAUGCCCUGCCACAAGGUCUUCCUCUGCGAGUCCAAGUGCCCGCGAACCCGCAGCUGCCAGCGGCACCAGUGCCGGCGGAAGUGCUGCCCGGGAAACUGCCCACCAUGUGACCAGCACUGCAAUCGUACGCUGGGCUGCAGGAAUCAUAAGUGUGCUUCAGUGUGCCACCAGGGCAGCUGCUACCCGUGCCCGGAGACUGUGCCAGUGGCCUGUGCCUGCAGCUCCACGGUGCUCACGGUGCCCUGCGGCCGGGAGAGGAACACCAGGCCGCCCAAGUGCCAGGAACUUUGCAGGAUUGCACCCACGUGCCACCAUGCCAGCCGUGAGAAGCAUCGCUGUCAUUUUGGUGCCUGCCCGCCCUGCCGGCAGGUCUGCCAGCGUGUCCUGGGCCAGUGUGGGCAUGACUGUCCUGCCCCGUGCCAUGAUGAAGUUCUGGUUAGGAACACUGACCGGGUCCAGCUGGCCGGUCCGUGGGAGCAGCAGUCUGGACCAGCCUAUGUGAGCCGUGCGCUGCCUUGCCCUCCAUGCCAGGUUCCCAUCCCCACGGCCUGCCUGGGGGAUCAUGAGGUGAGCCCGGUCCCUUGCCACCGCCAGGGACCUUUUUCCUGUGGGAGGCCUUGCGGACGCCUCCUGGCCUGCGGGAACCACUCCUGCGUGCGAGAAUGCCAUGCAGUAUCCCCUGCAUCCAGGGAAGACGACAAGCGGCAGGCUGGCAGAGAGUGCCUACGGUGUGAAGAGCCCUGCAGCCGGCCCCGGCCCCCAGGCUGCCCACACCCCUGUGCCCUGCCCUGCCACCCCGGCCCCUGCCCUGCCUGCACAAAGAUGGUCCGUCUGAAGUGCCACUGCAAGAUCAUGUCGCUGUUUGUGGAGUGCCUAGAACUUGUGUCAGCAGAUGAAGACACCAAAAAGUCACUGGGCUGCUGUAAGAAUCAGUGUCCCAAGGAGCUACGGUGUGGCCAUCGCUGCCAGGAUGUCUGCCAUGCAGGGAGGUGCCGGGAGACAUGCAGCCAGAAAGUCAAGGUUAAAUGUCCCUGCAAGCGCAUCAGAAAGGAAUUCCCCUGUCCUAAGGUGUGCGACGGACAAGCUGCAGUAGGAUGUGAUGAAUUAUGCAAAACCCUGCAGAAGAAAGCCUCAGAGUUGAAGGAAGCUAAGGAGAAAGCAGCGAUCGAGGAAGAGAGGAAGCAACAACAGGCUGAGCUGGAGGCCUUUGAAAAACGGCUGAAGGGACGACGUAAGAGAAACAGGAGGAACACAGAUGUGGAAACUGAAGAGGCUGUUUGGCACAAGUAUAAGAAGUACAUGAUGGUACCAGUUUGUGGGGUUUUGCUGGCUUUGGCUGCUUUCUAUAUACUUCAGAUUGAUUAAAGCUGUGUGCUGAAGCACAUUCACUACGACGCCGUCCUCAAAAGGCUUAGAAAAGGUAGCAGCCAGUGAGAAUGAACAGAUUAUUCCCAAUCAGUUCCUGGUGUGUCAUUAUGAAGCCCAGCAUUUUGGUGAAUGAAAUUGAGGGGUGUCUGUCUGUCUCUGUCUGUCUCUGUCUGUCUCUGUCUGUCUGUCUGUGUCUGUCUGUCUGUCUGUCUGUCUGUCUGUGUGUGUCUGUCUCUGUCUGUCUGUCUGUGUCUGUCUGUCUG